AUACAACCCAAGUGACAAUUGUAUUAUUAUAAUUUGGUCAUUUGAUAUUCGAAACAUCAGAAAUUAUGUUUGCCAAGCUUUACAGGUCAUAAAGAUAGGAUAAGACUAAUCAAAAUGGUCCUAUUGCUGAGCUAUACGUAAGACGACCCCAGGAAUUCUGCUUCAGCAAGUUCGAUUGUAAGAUUGAGCUCAAAAUUACUGAUUCCUAAUGAUCGACCGGCAAGCUAAACAAAGUACUCGUCAGAGGCUUUUCCAAGUACUUAAGAUUCACUAUCUUCAGGCACAACUAUGAAGUGAUUUUGUAUGGGGAAUUAAAGCAAUUGGUUUAAAACAAAAAAAUGAUAUCAAAACUCUACUCUUACUCUCACUAGUGCUCGAAGGAUGCAAUGAACUGCUUACCAUCGUCCAGCACUAAUAUCUAUCAUCUUGAAUCUCCUAUGUGAACAUGACGAACGAACAAGUCAAACAACUCUUAUCUUCUACCAGUGGGUCCUGAAGGUGUUAACCGGCAGACAGGUAGAUGUAUUUCUUGAGGGCCAACUGGUUCCUUUUCUAUCGUUCGUUGAUCCUAAAUUGAACCCAGUUUGUUUUAAAGCCUUGAGAAAGUAUGACAAAGAUAUGAGAUUUGAUCUACUUUCACAACGAAUCUAAAGGGGCUUUUUUAAUGGAAAUCUUCUACAGAGGUUUAAUAAGCCACUACUAACGACGUUUGUUAUCGAACAUUAUCGUUUGAUACAAUCAAUCGCAACUGAUUUACAAUAUCAUGAUAACUCCUUUGAUCAGAUACCUAUAGAUGAUGUUUAUCUUAUCAGCAGUCAUUGGUACGAUAGAGGAGAAUGCAAAGCCAUGCUCUGUAUAUAAACAGAAUCUCGAACGUAUUGCUAUUACAGUUUACAACGGUAAGACACAUCGGUCUGACUAGAGAAAAUCAACAUGAAAUCUCUGAUUAUUGUGGUGACUAUAGCGAUCAGCACUCUAUUUUCAGCUGAUGCGUUUCAUUCCAAUUCUUUUGAUGUUAUUAAAGGUUGCAAGCAGUACGGCCAUGUGGGGAAUUAUAAUGAUCCACUGACGUACAUUCCGAUAACUGAUCUGCAAAACUUGGGAUUUACAAACAAAUCCAUGUUCUUUAAGAUAGCCGUGCAAGGAAGCACCGACGGAUUCCUACGCUUCGGUGAUUCCUUGUAUCCGUACAACAAGGAGGUGAUAGAGAUCGUAUUUGGAGGAUGGACUAACACGAAAAGCGCUGGAAGACGACAGCAUCGAUCUGCAUCAAACCAAGCUACGAAUACCGUGCUUGCCGAGGUACAGACUCCUAUGCUAUUGUCUGCCAACCGACCAACUGUGUUUCUGGUGGAGCUGUUCCACGAUGGUACGAUUCAGGUUAGGAUCAGUGGACAGGAUCACCCUUUCCUAUUAUUCAACGAUGCGAAAAUGAUUCCUUUCUACUACAUGACCUUUACUAAGUGGAAAACCGAUGUGUUAUACUUCUACGAUUGUCCAGUGGAUAAGUACGCUAAGAUUUGUUACGAAGAUGGUAGAAUGUACGUGAAUUGAGAUGAAUUUAAAACUACGAAUUUAAAAUUGAGAGAAGAUAAAUAGAUAAAAAGAGAGUCAUAUUUAUGUAAUAUAGGACAAGUAUGUCUCUUGUAUGUGAAUAA